CAAAAUUCUAACUUUCAUAUCAUUCAGCUAUAUUGUUAUUUCUUGCUUUCACUUGGUUCAAUAUGAAGCCUUUUCAUGUUAUCACAGCACUAUUUUUUGUAUUAACUCUUGCUAGAAUUGACCCUUCUGCAUGCCAAAUUGUAAAGGGCAAGGUCACUUGCACAGAUUGCACUCAGGACUAUGAUUUCUCAGGGAUUAAGGUCUCUGUGAAGUGUGAAGGUAUGAAAAACCUGGCUGUGGCAACUACAGAAAAUGAUGGCUCCUUCAUGGUUGAUCUUUCCACAUACCAUACAAAACCUGCUUCUGAUAAUUGCCAUGCAAAACUUCUUGGUGGACCAAGUAAUCUCUAUGCUUCAAGGAAAAACCAAUUCUCACAAAUUGUGAAGGACAAAGAGGAAAACAUCUACACAACUUCCACUCCUCUAAGUUUCUUCACUUCUUGCCCCAAAAACAAAGUAUGCAAAGAUGAGAAUAAUCAAUUUGGCUCAUCCAAAACCUAUAAUUUUCCUUUGCCUUCACAGUGGGGUUUGGCACCAAGUAGUUUUUAUCUUCCUUUCUUCCCAAUCAUUGGAAUACCAUGAUCAUAUGUAUGUUGCAUUAAGUGCACUUUUAUUAUAUGGUUUUGUUUGUCACCUGGAAGAAUGGAAGACGUAGUUGUGAUGGUUAAAAUAAAUUUAUGUAUGUUUAAGAUGUUUGUGAAGAAAGUUCAUUUUAUUUUAUUUGUUAUUUUGUUGCUAAGCAAGUUCAUUAAUGUGUUAGGUUGGAAAAGCAGAUAGUUACAUUGUGCUGUUUUGUCCAAUAUUUAUGAAUUAUGAUAUGUAAAAGCACUAUUCUGAGCAUUAUGUAAUGACUUAAGCUCAUCCAAUAUCUCCUUUUCUUUA